AUGCCCACCCCUAUGUGGGACGCCGAGGAGUGGGCCACGCAGGGCGGCCGCGUCAGGACGGACUGGUCCCGGGCGCCGUUCGUGGCGUCGUACCGCGGGUUCGCCGCCGCCGGGUGCACGUCGCCGGACGCGGCGGCGUGCGCGCGGUCCAACGGCGCGUGGAUGUUCCAGGAGCUGGACGCCGCGGGGCAGGAGCAGCUCCGCCGGGCGCAGGCCAGCUACAUGAUCUACGACUACUGCGCCGACAAGUACCGGUUCCCGCAGGGCCCGCCGCCCGAGUGCUCGGCCAAGUAGAAGAAGAAUUCAAGAAGAAGAACCCGUGCGCGUCUGGAAUUUGGAUGGAUCACACACACAGAGAGUAUGUAUACAUAAUUCAUCGAUUGGAAUACAUGCAUAUACGCGACCUAUACGUAUACGUAUACGUGGACGCCUUUCUUGUCAUGUACUACUAUAUAUGUACGUGCAGUGUAUUGUAUAGUAUGUCACGCCGAUGACUUGUCCUUUGUCAUACUAGACGGCUGCGUCAACACGGCGUCAUCUGUUGGUCAAAA